AGCUAUAAACUAUAAACCUAUAAACGGCUCAAAGCCUCAACCCCACGCGUAACUUUUUUUCGUUUGUUCGGUUUGUUUAAUUUUAUUUAGUACAGACACUUAAGUAAUAUUGUUGUCGUACCCGGCCGCGGCUCGGCCUAUUCUGUUUGUUACUGGGAGAAUUAUGGAUAAACUUGUUAUGAUUGUAAAUUAAUCUAAAAAACUCAAUAUAUUUUAAUUAGUACAGUGUUGUGAGUAAGUGUCAAGUGAAGAGCAAAGAUGGGUUGCGCGCAAAGUGAGAUUUCACCCCAAAAUGAAACUCCUAAGAAAAGUUGCACCGAUGUCAUUUGGUUGGUGAUCUAUAUUAUAUUUUGGGUGCUUAUGCUCGUAAUCGCAGUUAUAUCGUUCGUUUACGGGAAUCCGGCAAGAAUAAUCAAUGGGUUUGACUCAUUCGGCAACACAUGCGGUGUUAAAACCAACCAGAAGCUCAUGAACUAUCCUUUAGCGGGAAUCAGCACAAUAGACAAGCCCUAUUUAUUUUUUCUGGACAUAAAGGAACUGAGGAGAUCUAUAAAAAUUUGCGUAAAGCAAUGUCCUAAUAAGAAAUUGAAGGAUUUGGCUGCUAUACAGGAAUUUUAUCGUGAAACGGGUUCUAAUCUGUGUACUUAUGAUACCAAGUUGAAUGAGCUGGUAAAAGACGAUGGACUGCACAGCAUGAUAGGGCCAUGCCCCGUAACACCUGUAGUUGAAACAUUUCCUCUCCUGAACAGAUGUAUUCCGAAGUCUUUCAAAGAGUUUUCGGAGAGAGUAUCCACAGAUGUGUACAACUUGCUCAACAGUUGGGGUACGAUAGAGCAGAUGCUGACGGACUUGUAUUCGUCAUGGAAAGAAAUGAUAAUAUGCGUCAUCAUUGCAUUAUUAUGUUCCUUGAUCAUGGUUUCCAUACUGCACUUGCUAGCUACCGUAGUAUCUUGGAUUUUCAUGAUAGUCGUAUCAGUAGUAAGCGUUGCUGGCACUAUUCUUCUUUGGUACACAUAUUACGAAUUGAGGCAUGGAAACCAGAACUUCACAGGAUCCAUAUAUUUGACAGAAUCACUUAAGAAUGAGACUGCGUUCCUCUGGUAUUCGAUCAUUGCUACUAUUAUUACGGUGAUCUUACUACUGUUAGUAUUCGUGAUGCGUUCCCGCGUAUCAUUCCUGGCUCAACUGUUCCGUGAGACCGCGCACUGUCUCGGCUCCAUCCCAGCUUUAUUUGUCCAGCCGAUCAUCACAUUCUUCUUCCUUGUGCUCUUUUUCGCCUUCUGGUCUAUUGUCGUGGCUUGCCUCGCAACAGCCACGUAUCCUGGCAUCCCGUACAAGUUUAACUUCUUCAUCAACGGCUCCAAGUUGCCAGAUGUGGUCAACAACGCGUCUUUCAGGACGCAAAACGUCAAUAGCAGCGCUACACCGAAAUCAUUUAGUCCGGACCCCAUAGAGUUCAGCCCCUCAUGGGUGCAGAGCAUGUGGUGGAUGUGUCUCAUCUGCCUCGUGUGGGGCAGCGAGUUCAUCCUCGGCUGCCAGCAGAUGACCAUCGCUGGGGCCGUGUCGCACUGGUACUUCCGCGGUGAAAACGCGCACUCCCCCGUACUGUACUCUAUCGGCAAGCUGCUGAAGUACCACCUCGGCUCCGUCGCUAAAGGCUCCUUUCUCAUCACGCUGUUCAAGAUACCGAGGCUUAUACUCACUUAUCUGCAUGCUAAAUUGUCGGCAAGCGCGGACAAGGGCUCAGAAUGCGCCAAAUGCGGCCUAAAGUGCGGCAUCUGCUGUUUCUACUGCCUGGAGAAGUUCAUGCGCUACCUGAACCACAACGCCUACACUGUCAUCACUAUAGAGCGCUGCAACUUCUGCAGAGCUGCUGGCAAGGCCUUCAGCACAAUAGUGAACAACGCGCUCCAAGUGGGCACGAUCAACAGCGUGGGCGACUUCAUCCUGUUCCUCGGCAAGUGCAUCGUGACGGCGCUCACCGGCAUGGCGGGGCUGCUGCUCGUCAAGCGGAACCCCGACCUGCACUUCUACGCCGUGCCCACGCUCUUCAUCUGCAUCUACUCCUUCUUCAUUGCGCAUUGCAUCCUGUCUUUAUACGAGAUGGUAGUGGACACGCUGUUCAUGUGCGUGUGUGAGGACCGCAACAUGAACGCCGGCGAAGGUCGCUGGAAGAAUUCCCGCCUGGCUGAGCUCGGCGGUCACAAGCCGGACGACCUCGACACCACCGACCACGAGUUGCGCAAUCUCGACAACAAGUAUUAACGGUCAUUUUUGAAGUAGAAGAACCCGAGUGCCACCGACGACCCUGUUUUCUUCCUCGGUUCCUCAUGGCUGAGGGUCGCGACCACGUGAGGUCGUUAUUUUGUGCACCAAGGCACGAUUCGAAGGCAUUCUUCACGUUUUUCCGCCGUUCUGAUAAUAGGCGCCUGUGUAGAUCCCUGGCAGGCCUUCUUCACAGUGUCUAUCCAGGGUCUUGGUGGACCCUGUAUUACGGGCCAGCAAAGAUUACAAAAAAAAAACAGUACAUAUGGUGCUACUUUACCGCACUAGUGCGAUAAAGUAUGUACUGUAAAACUUUGUACGAUACAUAUGCGAAUAGGUAAGUGUUUUAAUUUAUCACCACUCGUUGCGAAUUUCCUAGUUUUCGCACAUGUAUCGUAAUUUACUAUUAACAUUAAGAUUAUUUUUGCCCAUCUAUAUGGUUUAAAAGUAAUAAAAUAACUAUAUUGAAUCUCAUGUCUAAUUUUGGUGAUAUCUUGUGAUAGCACACGUUUUUAAAAUCACUAGUAUUUUAAUGAAAUUUAAUGGGUGUAAGCACAAUCUAUUUUUAAAGUAUUCACCCUAAUUUGUAAAACUAUAAAAAUCAUUUAACAAUUUUAUUGAGAUUCUGUAUUACUUAUAGAAUCAUAUUCUAAUAAAAUGUAUUUAUACUUGGCGCUACUUUAAUGCAAGAUAAUAUUAAGUUUUGAUGAUAUCUAUUAUACAAGUUGCUAGUAUUUUAUAGCGUUUUUAUGCGAUUUUUGAUAAAUGUGAAUUUUAUUUUUGUAUUACAAAACACAACUUGUAUUGGCAGACUUUUAAAUUGAGACAUAAUGUGUAAGGCUUUAAUAUAAAGUACCUAGAAUAAUAAUAUUAGGGAAAAAUACUCCAAUCAAUGCUAACUUUUGAUUAAUUCCUUCUUCUUUUGUUAAUUCUAUUCAAAGUUUUUCACUUCCACGAGUCUUAUUACUGCAAUUUAUUUUCUUGAAGUAUUUUUAUAAAUAUAAUAAUUUAAUACUCUAACAUAGUUGUUUAGCCCUAAGAGUAAAUCAUUAAUAAUCUAUUUUUAAAUCCAUAUUUAAAAAUCAAUGCAAGAACAAUGAAUUUGUAAGGUUGUACUUGAAAUUUUAAGUACUAAAUUAAAUAAAUUGUGUCAUGAGAAUAAUAAUUGAAAUUUCGGUUCAAGAUUGUAAAAGAAAUAAUAUAUGUUGUAAUAGUUAUUUGUGCAACAAGAGAGGAAAGUUGGUUUUUCUUGCAAGUGUUUAUUAUGAGUCCCGAGAAAGCAAAAGGUUCUAAGGUAGAAUCUUGAGCGUAGCGAGGGACUCAAAAACACGAGAUGUAAAAUAACUUUGCUCUCGUGUUGCACACAUAAUUUUUCACCUCAGUAGUGAGAACAUAUUAAAGGUUAAAAUGUAUUUCGAAUAACACAGAAUAAACAGAAAAAAAAGUAUUAUAAUAUGUACGAUACGAUACGAUACGGGACGGGACGGGACCGGACCGGACCGUA